AUGAAAUUAAAGCUCAAAUAUUUUAAUGCAUGGGGAGAGUUGUAAGAUUGUAUCAUUGAAAUCUCUUCAAAGGAAACUUUGUAAACUCUUAGACUUUAAAUAGAAAGAGUAACAGGAAUAGAAGUAGAUGAUCAAUAACUUUAUAUAGUUCACAAUAGAGAAAUGAAACAAAUUUAUAAAUAUGAAUACUUAAGUUAAAUAAAACUUCUUAAUGAAGGUGUUUUGUUUGUUAAAAAUAGUGAAGACUAAUUUAGUGUUAGAGCAUCUUAAAUAUAUCAAAAUGAUUCCUUUGAAUCAUUAAAUUAAAAUACUGCUUCAACUCUAAAAAAAUCAAUUCAUAAUUCAUUUUCAUAAAGAGAUAAGAAUAUAAUCUAUAACAGUUUUCUUGCCCUUUAAAUUGAAUAAUUUUAUGAAUAUAUAUAUAAGAAUAAUUUGGAAGAAGCUAAAAAUUUGCUUUAAUCACAUAUCGAAUAAAAAGAAUUUUUCUUAAAUGAUAUAAGUGUUUUUGGAUGGUCAGCUUUGCAUGUUUCAAUAUUAGCAGGUUCUGAUAAAUUAUUUUUAUGGUUAUUAACUGAAGGAGCAAAUAUUAAUUUGUAAACUAAAGAUGGUUGGGAUUGUCUUUCUUUAUCUGUAUGUCUAAAAUAAAAAACAAGUAUGAAUUUUCAUUAAUUUAAGUAUUUUGUUUAUUACUUGCUUAAUCAAAAUUAAAUGUAAAUCAAUUAAGUAAACAUGGAACAGCAUUACAUUUAGCAGCAUAAAAUGAUGAUACAGAAUUUGUUUAAUUAUUACUUAAUCAUCCAAAAAUUGAUUUGAAGUAUUUAUAUAAAUAUAAAUAAUAGUAUAUAAGAUAAAAACAAUAAAAGGGCUAUUGAUAUUGCACGUACAAAAGUAAAAUAAUUAUUAAAACAUGAAAAUGAAUUAUAAAUUGUUUAAAGUCAUAGAACUUCAUUCAUUUCUUCAAUGAUUGGAAUUAGUUUAGAUAAUAUAGUCAAAGAUGUAAAUUUUUAUCAAAUUACUUAGAGACUUUCAUUAUAAAUAAACCAUAACGUCCACCAUUAAUAAAAGGGAAGGUUUUUAAAGUUAACUAUUUUAAAUUAAGAAUGUAUGAAAGAUAUAUGAUUGUUGAUCCAGAUACUGAUUCUAUUGCUAAAUUUAAGAGUAUUCAAGAUAUUCCACAUAACCCUAAGUAUAUUUUUAUACUUAUUCUAAGUCAAAUAAUACCCUUAGAGAGCAUACAUGAUAUUAAAGUAUCAAAAGAUGAAUGGUUUUAAGAAGAUGAUUAUUAUUAUUUGGAAAUCAAAUACUUUUCUAAGCAUAUUUUUAUUGCAUUAAAAAGUAAAGAUGCAGCUAGAAGAUGGUAUGAAGGAUUAAAAAAUUGUGUUGGAUAUUCUAGAUACAUUAUGUAGAAUAUUAAAUCAGCCGAAGAUUAAAAAAUAGCAUAAAGAGCUUUUGCCUUAAUGAUGGCUAAACCAAAUACUAUUAUUAAUAUUGAAGAUAGUAAAGUAGAUGAUAAUUUAUAAUCUAAAUAAAAAUAAGCAAUGCUAAAAAGAAAAAAAAAUUCUGAUUUGAAUAGUGUUAAUGAAGAAGUUUCAGAUAUAGAUAUUAUCAUAGAAAAAAGCAAUUCCUAAAGUAUUUUAGAUAAAAUUAACCUUUCGAGUUUUUAAAUAAUAGAAAUGAUAGGUAAAGGAAGCUUUGGAAAUGUAUAUAAAGCUAAAUAUAAACAUAUAAAUUGUGCUAUAAAAUAAUAAGAAAAAGAUAAACUUAUUAGAAAUGGCUUUCUUAAAUAUAUUAUCUCAGAAUUAUAAAUACUAAGAACAAUAAAACAUCCAUUUAUUGUAAAAUUGUUUCUAUCUUUUCAAGUAUUAUUAUUCUAAUAAAUAAGACUUAAUUCUAUUUAUAUAUAGUGACAGAAUUAUGUCCUGCAGGAGAUCUAUCAAAAUAUAUGACUAGAGGGUAAAUUUUAAAUGAAUAUACUGCUAAAUUUAUAAUAGCUUAAAUUAUAUUAGCUAUUGAAUAUUUACAUUCAUAAUAAAUUAUAUAUAGAGAUUUAAAACCUGAAAACAUUUUGAUUGAUUAAGAUGGUUAUAUUAAAUUAACUGAUUUUGGAUUAUGCAAAUAAUUUGAUGGAAAUGAUUUUACAGCAACUAGUUUUUGUGGUUCACCUGCUUACCUUCCUCCAGAAUUAGUGACAGGAGGUGUAUCUUUAAAAGCCACAGAUAUCUAUUAAAUAGGAACCAUUCUUUAUGAAAUGUUAACAGGUUAUCCACCAUUUUAUUCUUAAGAUUUAAAAAGUCUUAUGGAAAAGAUUAAAUAUGGUAUUAAAUAAUUAAUUUCUUAGACACAUUAUUUAUACCUAAGAAUUUAAGUUUAGAAGCAUAAGAUCUAUUAAAAAGAAUGCUUAAAAAAGAUCCUGAAGAACGAUUGGGAUAUAAUGAUGUUUCUGUAUUGAAAAAACAUAUGUUUUUCGCUGAAAUUGAUUGGGAUAGACUUUAUACAAAAUAGUAUAAACCUCCUCGUCUUGUUUUUUAUGCAUAACAUAAUACUUCUAGAAAUGGAUAAUAAAUCACUAAAGAAGAAAAUGUAAAUAAACAAUAUAAGUUUUAGAAAAUCCUAGAUUUAGAUUAUUAAGAAGGUGAAGAAAAACUGAAUUUUAUAGAAAAUUGGGACUCAUCAUAUAUUUGA